GCAAGACCGCCCAGACCCAGCCGCGGCAGGCCGUGUCCCACCAAGCCGCCUUCUCCACCAGGGUAGCACCAUGCUCACGCCUGGACGGCUGCUGCUGCUGCUGCUGCUGUCCAGCGGGGGAGCCUUGCUCAGUGUUGGUCUGGACAACACCUUCUUUGCCAGCCCAGGCCUCUGGAGGUUGGAGGACUCUCCACAGAUAGAACCGGACAAGGGCUGGUGCUCCACAUGGGGCACGGGCCACUUUUCCACUUUUGACCACCAUGUAUACGACUUCUUGGGGACGUGCAACUAUGUCUUCACUGCCACCUGCAAGGACGCCUCCCCCACCUUCAGUGUCCAGUUGCGGCGAGGGCUGGAUGGGAACAUCUCCCGGAUCAUCGUGGAGCUGGGGGCCUCUGUCAUCACUGUGAGCAAGGCGACCAUCUCAGUCAAGGACAUCGGGGUCAUCAGCCUACCCCACACCAGCAACGGGCUCCAGAUCACACCCUUCGGCCAGAGUGUGCGACUGGUGGCCAAGCAGCUGGAGCUGGAGCUGGAAGUGCUGUGGGACCCAGAUGCCCACCUCACGGUCCUGGUGGAGAGGAAGUACAUGGGCCGUAUGUGUGGGCUGUGCGGGAACUUUGAUGGGAAGACGGCCAACGAGUUUCUGAGUGAAGAAGGCAAACUCCUGGAGCCCCAUAAGUACGCUGCCCUGCAGAAGCUGGAUGACCCCAAUGAGAUCUGUGCUUAUGAGGCCGUCCCCAGGCCCCCUAUCUGGCAGACUAAGCAUGCCCAGAUCUGUACCCAACUGCUGGCCCUGGUGUCCCCUGAGUGCAACGUGCCCAAGGGCCCAUUCGUGCUCAGCUGCCAGGCUGACAUGGCCGCAGCCGCCCAGCCAGGCCAGCAGGACAGCCACUGCGCCACACUGUCAGAGUACUCCCGCCAGUGCAGCAUGGCUGGUCAGCCUGUCCGCAGCUGGCGGCACCCUGGACUCUGUGCCGUGGGCCCAUGCCCAGCCGGCCAGGUGUACCAGGAGUGUGGAUCGGCCUGUGUCCGGACCUGCUCCAACCCUCAGCACCGCUGCUCCAGCUUCUGUACCUUUGGCUGCUUCUGCCCAGAAGGUACGGUCCUCAAUGACCUGUCCACAAACCACACCUGCGUGCCAGUCGCCCAGUGCCCCUGCGUGCUCAAUGGGGCCAUCUAUGCCCCAGGGGACAUCACCACCACUGCCUGCCACACCUGCCAGUGCACCUCAGCCCGCUGGACAUGCACAGAGCACCCAUGCCCUGGCCACUGCUCCUUGGAAGGUGGCUCCUUUGUCACGACUUUUGAUGCCAGGCCCUACCGCUUCCACGGCAGCUGCACCUACAUCCUUCUCCAGAGUCCCCAGCUCCCCGAUGAGGGCACCCUCAUGGCUGUGUAUGACAAGUCCGGGUACUCGCACUCAGAGACCUCCCUGGCCGCAGUCAUCUACCUGUCUAAGCAAGUCAAAAUCGUGAUCUCCCAGGAUGGGGUGAUCACCAACAAUGAAGACCCCAAGUGGCUACCGUACCAGACUCGCAACAUCACGGUCUUCAGGCAGACGUCCACCCACCUCCAGAUGGCCACUACCUUUGGGCUGGAGCUUGUGGUCCAACUACAGCCCAUCUUCCAGGUGUAUGUCACCGUUGGGUCCCAAUUCAGAGGCCACACCAGAGGGCUGUGCGGCAACUUCAACGGGGACACGACUGAUGACUUCAUGACCAGCAUGGGCAUCGCAGAGGGCACUGCCUCACUCUUUGUGGAUUCCUGGAGGGCGGGGAACUGCCCGGCUGCACUGGAGCGAGAGACUGACCCCUGCUCCAUGAGCCAGCUCAACAAGGUGUGUGCAGAGACUCACUGCUCAGUGCUGCUGAGGAAGGGUGCAGUAUUUGAGAGGUGCCAUGCCACAGUGAACCCAGCACCGUUCUACAAGAGGUGCGUGUAUGAGGCCUGCAACUAUGAGGAGACCUUCCCCCACAUCUGCGCCACGCUGGGCAGCUACGCACACGCGUGCUCCUCGCGGGGCAUCCUGCUCUGGGGCUGGAGAAGCAGCGUGGACAACUGCACCAUCCCUUGCUCAGGCAACCGCACGUUCAGCUACGACAGCCGGGCUUGCGGCCGUACCUGCCUAUCACUGUCUGACCGCGCGGCGGAGUGCCAGCCCAGCGCCGUGCCUGUGGAUGGCUGCAACUGCCCAGAGGGCACCUACCUGAACCACAGGGGCGAGUGCGUGCGCAGGGCUCAGUGCCCCUGUGUGCUGGAGGGCAGCAGGCUCAUCCCAGCUGGGCAGUCCACGGUGAUUGACGGCGUGGCCUGCCACUGCACAGGUGGGCGGCUGAGCUGCCCUGGGCGGCCACAAAUGUUCUUCGCUUCCUGCUCAGCCCUCAAGACAUUUCAGUCCUGCAGCCAGUCCUCCGAGAACAAAUUUGGAGCUGCAUGCGCCCCCACGUGCCAGUUGCUGGCCACGGGCACACCCUGUGUGCCCACCAAGUGUGAGCCCGGCUGCGUCUGCGCAGAGGGUCUCUAUGAGAAUGCCAGCGGGCAGUGUGUGCCCCCCGAGGAAUGCCCAUGUGAGUUUGCAGGCACCUCCUACCCAGGGGGGGCCAAGCUCCACACUGACUGCAGGACCUGCACCUGCUCAAGGGGAAAGUGGACAUGCCAGCAGAGCCCCCACUGUCCAUCCACCUGCGCCCUCUACGGGGAGGGCCACGUGGUCACUUUCGACGGCCAGCGCUUUGUGUUUGAUGGCAACUGCGAGUACAUCCUGGCCACGGAUGGCUGUGGCACCAAUGACUCUCAGCCCACCUUCAAAAUCCUGACGGAGAAUGUCAUCUGUGGGAGGUCGGGGGUCACGUGCUCCCGGGCUAUCAAGAUCUUUUCAGGGGGCCUGUCCAUUGUGCUGGCGGAUGGCAACUGCACAGUCACAGGGGAAGACCCCCACGUUCACCUGAGGGUGAAGCCCAGCUCCCUGAACCUCAUUCUGGAUAUCAGCAUCCCGGGAAGGUACAGCCUGACUCUCAUCUGGAACAAGCACAUGACCAUCUUCAUCAAGAUCGGCCGUGCCUCCCAGGACGCCCUCUGUGGCUUGUGUGGCAACUACAAUGGAAACAUGAAGGAUGACUUUGAGACGCGCAGCAAAUAUGUGGCCGCCAAUGAGCUGGAGUUCGUGAACUCAUGGAAGGAGAGCCCCCUGUGUGGGGACGUGAGCUUCCUGGCGGAACCCUGCAGCCUCAAUGCCUUCCGCCGCUCCUGGGCCGAACGCAAGUGCAGCAUCAUCAACAGUCAGACCUUCGCCGCCUGCCACAGCAAGGUGUACCACUUGCCCUACUAUGAGGCUUGUGUGCAUGAUGCAUGCGGGUGCGACACGGGCGGGGAUUGUGAGUGUCUAUGCGACACUGUGGCCGCCUAUGCCAAAGCCUGCUUGGAUAAGGGCGUGUGCGUUGACUGGAGGACUCCCACUUUCUGCCCCAUCUACUGUGACUUCUACAACACCCACACGCAAGCAGGCGGCAGCGGGGAGCUCCAGCACACACAGGAGGCCAACUGUACAUGGCACUACCAGCCCUGCCUCUGCCCCGGUCAGCCAGAGAGCCUCCUGGACACCAACAUCGAAGGCUGCUACAAUUGCUCCCAGGACGAGUACUUCGACCAUGAGCGUGGAUCAUGUGUGCCCUGCGUGCCGCCUGCCACGCCAUGGCCACCCACCACAGGCUCUCUACCCACGGAAGUCCAGCCCACCACAGUAGCCCACAGCACCAUGGGGCAUCCCAGCACCCCUGAGCCCCGGCCAAGCCCCUCCCAGACACCCCAGCUUCUGACCACACUCACAGCCAAGCCCUCGGGCCUUUCCACCAAGUCCACGGUCUCUUCAAGCUCCACGGAAGAGUCUCCCAGAACCACCACGGUUGUCACCCCACGCACAACAGUGCCAGCACCGACAGCAACAAGAUCAACAAUCACUCGGGCUACCACCCAGCCCACAGCAUCCUCUCUAAGUCCAGCCACAGAACUGACGGCUCAGUCCACAAUGUGGACAACAGUGCCACCUGAAACCUCAGCAGUAUCGGGGACCAGCCUGAGGAUGGAGACCACCAACCAGGCAUCAACAGGCCCAACUGUGAACCAGACACCAGACAACACUGGGCCAGCAACGAGCACAAAGACCACCACAAGGAUCACUACACAUCCAGGCCAGACAACAAGUUCCCCGGGAACACGGACCCCAACACCUCAGACACUUCACCCAGAAUACUCAACACGCUACCAUGCCACCAUCUCUGUGACCUCCACCACACAAAGCACGAAGACACCUACUGGAACGUCCUUCAAGAGCACCAGCACCACUCCAACACCACUGCACUUCCACACCACACUUCCCACUCACGUUCCAUCAAGCUCUAUUUCCUUGGUGACUCCAACAGCUCACCAAGGUAGCACCCCAACACACUCAGAGAUUCCCAACACCUCGAUGCCAAAGUCUACACCCACCAGCCUCCCAACUACAACAGUGAAGGCCACAGGUUCCACCUCGACAUUGAUCACAACCAGCCUCCCCCUAACCCCCUUCACCACAACCAAAACCUCUUCCUCCCAGCACUCACAAACUGCCUCCACAUCCCACCACCAAUCCAUCCCUACCCGUGCCACCACCAUCACUACCAAGCUCACCACCAACUCUAACCUGACCACUUCUGACACUGGAACUACCAUGCUGCAGAGCACCACUCCCACCAAUAGCCUUCCACACACUCCCCGCACCACACACAACCCAUCCACAGGCUCCCUCCCCUCCAAACCACACACCACAGGGUCACCCACUGGAACAUCCUUCAAGACCACCAGCACCGCUCCAACACCACCGUACCCCCACACCACACUUCCCACUCAUGUUCCAUCAACCUCUACUUCCGUGGUCACUCCAACAGCUCACCAAGGCAGCACCACAACACACUCACAGAUUCCCACUUCCUACUCCACACCAAUGUCUACAGCCUCUAGACUCACAACUACAACACUGAAGGCCACAGGAUCAACCUCACCAUAUACUGCAACCAGCCUGCCCCUGAGCUCCUUCACCACAACCAAAACCUCCCCCUCCCAGCACUCACAAACUGCCUCCACUACCCACCACCAGCCCACCACUUCCACAGCCACCACCAUCACCCUGAAACUCACCACCUCUGCCACUGGACCUACAAUGGUCCAGAGCAGCACCCUAACCAACGGCCGUCCACACACGCCCCACACCACACAUACCCCAUCUACGGCCUCUCUUCGCUCCACUCCACACCCCACAGGGUCACCCACUGGAACGUCAUUCAAGACCACCAGCACUGCUCCAACACCACUGCACCCCCAUACCACACUUCCCACUCACGUUCCACCAAGCUCUACUUCCUUGGUCACUCAAACAGCUCACCAAGGCAGCACCCCAACACACUCAGAGUUUCCCACUUCCAACUCCACACUAAUAUCUACGCCCACCAGCCGCCCAACUACAACACUGAAGGCCACAGGCUCGACCUCACCAUUCACAAGGACCAGCCAACCCCAGAGCCCGUUCACCACAGCCAAAACCUCCACCUCCCAGCACUCACAAACUGCCUCCACAUCCCAACACCAAUCCACCCCUACCCGUGCCACCACCAUCACUCCCAAGCUCACCACCAUCAACCCUAAGCUGACCACUUCUAACACGGGAACUACCAUGCUCCAGAGCACCACCCCGACCAAUAGCCUUCCACACACUCCCCGCACCACAGACAGCCCGUCCACAAGUUCUCUACCCUCCACUCCACACACCACGGGGCCAUCCACUGGAACAUCCUUCAAGACCACCAUCACCGUUCCAACACCACCACACCCACACACCACACUUCCCACUCAUGUUCCAUCAACCUCUAUUUCCGUGGUCACACCAACACCUCACCAAGGCAGCACCACAACACACUCACAGAUUCCCACUUUCUACUCCACGCCAAUGUCUACAGCCUCUAGACUCACAACUAUGACACUGAAAGCCACAGGUUCAACCUCACCAUAUACAGCAACCAGCCUACCCCUGAGCGCCUUCACCACAGCCAAAACCUCCUCCUCCCAGCAUUCACAAACUGCCUCCACAUCCCACCACCAGACCACUGCUUCCCCUGCCACGACCAGUACGAACAAGGUCACCACAAUCACUCCCAAGCUCACCACCUCACACACUGGGACCACCAUGCUCCAUACUAACACCACAACCAAUGGGAGUCCACACACACCCCACACAACACACACCCCAUCAACAAGCACGCUCCCCUCCACUCCACACACCACGGGGCCACCCACUGGAACGUCCUUCAAGACCACCAGCACCGCUCCACCACCACCACACCCACACACCACACUUCCCAUUCACGUUCCAUCAACCUCCACUUCCAUGGUCACACCAACAGCUCACCAAGGCAGCAACACAACACACUCACAGAUUCCCACUUCCUACUCCACACCAAUGUCUACAGCCUCUAGACUCACAACUACAACACUGAAGGCCACAGGAUCCUCCUCACCAUUUACUGCAACCAGCCUGCCCCUGAGCUCCUUCACCACAGCCAAAACCUCCUCCUCCCAGCACUCACAAACUGCCUCCACUACCCACCAUCAGCCCACCACUUCCACAGCCACCACCAUCACCCCGAAACUCACCACCUCUGCCACUGGACCUACAAUGGUCCAGAGCAGCACCCUAACCAACGGCCGUCCACACACGCCCCACACCGCACAUACCCCAUCUACGGCCUCUCUUCGCUCCACUCCACACACCACAGGGUCACCCACUGGAACGUCAUUCAAGACAACCAGCACCGCUCCAACACCACUGCACCCCCAUACUACACUUCCCACUCACAUUCCACCAAGCUCUACUUCCUUGGUCACUCAAACAGCUCACCAAGGCAGCACCCCAACACACUCAGAGUUUCCCACUUUCAACUCCACACUAAUAUCUACACCCACCAGGCGCCCAACUACAACACUGAAGGCCACAGGCUCGACCUCACCAUUCACAAGGACCAGCCAACGCCAGAGCCUGUUCACCACAGCCAAAACCUCCACCUCCCAGCACUCACAAACUGCCUCCACAUCCCACCACCAAUCCACACCUUCCCCUGCCACCACCAUCACUACCAAGCUCACCACCAUCAACCCUAAGCUGACCACUUCUAACACGGGAACUACCAUGCUCCAGAGCACCACCCCGACCAAUAGCCUUCCACACACGCCCCACACCACAGACAGCCCGUCCACGAGUUCUCUAGCCUCCACUCCACACACCACGGAGCCACCCACUGGAACGUCCUUCAAGACCACCAGCACAGCUCCAACACCACCACACCCACACACCACACUUCCCAUUCACAUUCCAUCAACAUCUACUUACGUGGUCACACCAACAGCUCACCAAGGCAGCACCACAACACACUCACAGAUUCCCACUUCCUACUCCACGCCAAUGUCUACAGCCUCUAGGCUCCCAACUACUACACUGAAGGCCACAGGAUCAACCUCACCAUAUACUGCAACCAGCCUACCCUUGAGCCCUUUCACCACAGCCAAAACCUCCUCCUCCCAGCAUUCACAAACUGCCUCCACAUCCCACCACCAGACCAUUGCUUCCACUGCCACCACCAUUACCCCCAAACUCACCACCUCACACACUGGGACCACCAUGCUCCAUACUAACACCACAACCAAUGGUAGUCCACACAUGCCCCACACAACACACACCCCAUCAACGAGCACGCUCCCCUCCACUCCACACACCACGGGGCCACCCACUGGAACGUCCUUCAAGACCACCAGCACCGCUCCAACACCACCACACCCACACACCACACUUCCCAUUCACAUUCCAUCAAAAUCUACUUCCGUGGUCACACCAACAGCUCACCAAGGCAGCAACACAACACACUCACAGAUUCCCACUUCCUACUCCACGCCAAUGUCUACAGCCUCUAGACUCACAACUACAACACUGAAGGCCACAGGAUCAACCUCAUCAUAUACUGCAACCAGCCUGCCCCUGAGCUCCUUCACCACAACCAAAACCUCCCCCUCCCAGCACUCACAAACUGCCUCCACUACCCACCACCAGCCCACCACUUCCACAGCCACCACCAUCACCCCGAAACUCACCACCUCUGCCACUGGACCUACAAUGGUCCAGAGCAGCACUCUAACCAAUGGCCGUCCACACACGCCCCACACCACACAUACCCCAUCUACAGCCUCUCUUCGCUCCACUCCACACACCACAGGGUCACACACUGGAACAUCAUUCAAGACCACCAGCACCGCUCCAACACCACUGCACCCCAAUACCACACUUCCCACUCACGUUCCACCAAGCUCUACUUCCUUGGUCACUCAAACAGCUCACCAAGGCAGCACCCCAACACACUCAGAGUUUCCCACUUCCAACUCCACACUAAUAUCUACGCCCACCAGCCGCCCAACUACAACACUAAAGGCCACAGGCUCGACCUCGCCAUUCACAAGGACCAGCCAACCCCAGAGCCUGUUCACCACAGCCAAAACCUCCACCUCCCAGCACUCACAAACUGCCUCCACAUCCCAACACCAAUCCACCCCUACCCGUGCCACCACCAUCACUCCCAAGCUCACCACCAUCAACCCUAAGCUGACCACUUCUAACACGGGAACUACCAUGCUCCAGAGCACCACACCGACCAAUAGCCUUCCACACACUCCCCGCACCACAGACAGCCCGUCCACGAUUUCUCUACCCUCCACUCCACACACCACAGGGCCACCCACUGGAACGUCCUUCAAGACCACCAUCACCGUUCCAACACCACCACACCCAUACACCACACUUCCCAUUCACGUUCCAUCAACCUCUACUUCCGUGGUCACACCAACACCUCACCAAGGCAGCACCACAACACACUCACAGAUUCCCACUUCCUACUCCACGUCAAUGUCUACAGCCUCUAGGCUCCCAACUACAACACUGAAGGCCACAGGAUCAACCUCACCAUAUACUGCAACCAGCCUACCCCUGAGUGCCUUCACCACAGCCAAAACCUCCUCCACCCAGCUUUCACAAACUGCCUCCACAUCCCACCACCAGACCACUGCUUCCCCUGCCACGACCAGUACGAACAAGGUCACCACAAUCACUCCCAAGCUCACCACCUCACACACUGGGACCACCAUGCUCCAUACUAACACCACAACCAAUGGGACUCCACACACGCCCCACACAACACAAAACCCAUCAACGAGCACUCUCCCCUCCACUCCACACACCACGGGGCCACCCACUGGAACGUCCUUCAAGACCACCAGCACAGCUCCAACACCACCACACCCACACACCACACUUCCCAUUCACGUUCCAUCAACCUCUACUUCCGUGGUCACACCAACAGCUCACCAAGGCAGCACCACAACACACUCACAGAUUCCCACUUCCUACUCCACGCCUAUGUCUACAGCCUCUAGAUUCACAACACUGAAGGCCACAGUAUCAACCUCACCAUAUACUGCAACCAGCCUGCCCUUGAGCUCCUUCACCACAACCAAAACCUCCCCCUCCCAGCACUCACAAACUGCCUCCACUACCCACCAUCAGCCCACCACUUCCACAGCCACCACCAUCACCCCGAAACUCACCACCUCUGCCACUGGACCUACAAUGGUCCAGAGCAGCACCCUAACCAACGGCCGUCCACACACGCCCCACACCACACAAACCCCAUCUACAGCCUCUCUUCGCUCGACUCCACACACCACAGGGUCACCCACUGGAACAUCAUUCAAGACCACCAGCACCGCUCCAACACCACUGCACCCCAAUACCACACUUCCCACUCACGUUCCACCAAGCUCUACUUCCUUGGUCACUCAAACAGCUCACCAAGGCAGCACCCCAACACACUCAGAGUUUCCCACUUCCAACUCCACAGUAAUAUCUAUGCCCACCAGGCGCCCAACUACAACACUGAAGGCCACAGGCUCGACCUCGCCAUUCACAAGGACCAGCCAACCCCAGAGCCAGUUCACCACAGCCAAAACCUCCACCUCCCAGCACUCACUAACUGCCUCCACAUCCCACCACCAAUCCACACCUUCCCCUGCCACCACCAUCACUCCCAAGCUCACCACCAUCAACCCUAAGCUGACCACUUCUAACACGGGAACUACCAUGCUCCAGAGCACCACCCCGACCAAUAGCCUUCCACACACUCCCCGCACCACAGACAGCCCGUCCACUAGUUCUCUACCCUCCACUCCACACACCACGGGGCCACCCACUGGAACGUCCUUCAAGACCACCAGCACCGCUCCAACACCACCACACCCACACACCACACUUCCCAUUCACGUUUCAUCAACCUCUACUUCCGUGGUCACACCAACAGCUCACCAAGGCAGCACUACAACGCACUCACAUAUUCCCACUUCCUACUCCACGCCAAUGUCUACAGCCUCUAGGCUCCCAAUUACAACACUGAAGGCCACAGGUUCAACCUCACCGUAUAUUGCAACCAGCCUACCCCUGAGCGCCUUCACCAUAGCCAAAACCUCCUCCUCCCAGCACUCACAAACUGCCUCCACAUCCCACCACCAGACCACUGCUUCCCCUGCCACGACCAGUACGAACAAGGUCGCCACAAUCACUCCCAAGCUCACCACCUCACACACUGGGACCACCAUGCUCCAUACUAACACCACAACCAAUGGGACUCCACACACGCCCCACACAACACACACCCCAUCAACGAGCACUCUCCCCUCCACUCCACACACCACGGGGCCACCCACUGGAACGUCCUUCAAAACCACCAGCAUAGCUCCAACACCACCACAGCCACACACCACACUUCCCAUUCACGUUCCAUCAACCUCUACUUCCGUGGUCACACCAACAGCUCACCAAGGCAGCAACACAACACACUCACAGAUUCCCACUUCCUACUCCACACCAAUGUCUACAGCCUCUAGACUCACAACUACAACACUGAAGGCCACAGGAUCAACCUCACCAUAUACUGCAACCAGCCUGCCCCUGAGCUCCUUCACCACAACCAAAACCUCCCCCUCCCAGCACUCACAAACUGCCUCCACUACCCACCACCAGCCCACCACUUCCACAGCCACCACCAUCACCCCGAAACUCACCACCUCUGCCACUGGACCUACAAUGGUCCAGAGCAGCACCCUAACCAACGGCCGUCCACACACGCCCCACACCACACAUACCCCAUCUACGGCCUCUCUUCGCUCGACUCCACACACCACAGGGUCACCCACUGGAACGUCAUUCAAGACCACCAGCACCGCUCCAACACCACUGCACCCCAAUACCACACUUCCCACUCACAUUCCACCAAGCUCUACUUCCUUGGUCACUCAAACAGCUCACCAAGGCAGCACCCCAACACACUCAGAGUUUCCCACUUCCAACUCCACACUAAUAUCUACGCCCACCAGCCGCCCAACUACAACACUGAAGGCCACAGGCUCGACCUCGCCAUUCACAAGGACCAGCCAACCCCAGAGCCUGUUCACCACAGCCAAAACCUCCACCUCCCAGCACUCACAAACUGCCUCCACAUCCCAACACCAAUCCACCCCUACCCGUGCCACCACCAUCACUCCCAAGCUCACCACCAUCAACCCUAAGCUGACCACUUCUAACACGGGAACUACCAUGCUCCAGAGCACCACACCGACCAAUAGCCUUCCACACACUCCCCGCACCACAGACAGCCCGUCUACGAUUUCUCUACCCUCCACUCCACACACCACGGGGCCACCCACUGGAACGUCCUUCAAGACCACCAUCACCGUUCCAACACCACCACACCCAUACACCACACUUCCCAUUCACGUUCCAUCAACCUCUACUUCCGUGGUCACACCAACACCUCACCAAGGCAGCACCACAACACACUCACAGAUUCCCACUUCCUACUCCACGCCAAUGUCUACAGCCUCUAGGCUCCCAACUACAACACUGAAGGCCACAGGUUCAACCUCACCAUAUACUGCAACCAGCCUACCCCUGAGUGCCUUCACCACAGCCAAAAUCUCCUCCACCCAGCAUUCACAAACUGCCUCCACAUCCCACCACCAGACCACUGCUUCCCCUGCCACGACCAGUAUGAACAAGGUCACCACAAUCACUCCCAAGUUCACCACCUCACACACUGGGACCACCAUGCUCCAUACUAACACCACAACCAAUGGGACUCCACACACGCCCCACACAACACAAAACCCAUCAACGAGCACUCUCCCCUCCACUCCACACACCACGGGGCCACCCACUGGAACGUCCUUCAAGACCACCAGCACCACUCCAACACCACCACACCCACACACCACACUUCCCAUUCACGUUCCAUCAACCUUCACUUCCAUGGUCACACCAACAGCUCACCAAGGGAGCACCACAACACACUCACAGAUUCCCACUUCCUACUCCACGCCUAUGUCUACAGCCUCUAGGCUCCCAACUACAACACUGAAGGCCACAGGUUCAACCUCACCAUAUACUGCAACCGGCCUACCCCUGAGCGCCUUCACCACAGCCAAAACCUCCUCCUCCCAGCAUUCACAAACUGCCUCCACAUCCCACCACCAGACCACUGCUUCCACUGCCACCACCAUUACCCCCAAGCUCACCACCUCACACACUGGGACCACCAUGCUCCAUACUAACACCACAACCAAUGGUAGUCCACACACGCCCCACACAACACACACCCUAUCAACGAGCACGCUCCCCUCCACUCCACACACCACGGGGCCACCCACUGGAACGUCCUUCAAGACCACCAGCACAGCUCCAACACCACCACACCCACACACCACACUUCCCAUUCACGUUCCAUCAACCGCUACUUCCGUGGUCACACCAACAGCUCACCAAGGCAGCAACACAACACACUCACAGAUUCCCACUUCCUACUCCACGCCUAUGUCUACAGCCUCUAGACUCACAACUACAACACUGAAGGCCACAGGAUCAACCUCAUCAUAUACUGCAACCAGCCUGCCCCUGAGCUCCUUCACCAUAACCAAAACCUCCCCCUCCCAGCACUCACAAACUGCCUCCACUGCCCACCAUCAGCCCACCACUUCCAUAGCCACCACCAUCACCCCGAAACUCACCACCUCUGCCACUGGACCUACAAUGGUCCAGAGCAGCACCCUAACCAAUGGCCGUCCACACACGCCCCACACCACACAUACCCCAUCUACAGCCUCUCUUCGCUCGACUCCACACACCACAGGGUCACCCACUGGAACGUCAUUCAAGACCACCAGCACCGCUCCAACACCGCUGCACCCCCACACCACACUUCCCACUCACAUUCCACCAAGCUCUACUUCCUUGGUCACUCAAACAGCUCACCAAGGCAGCACCCCAACACACUCAGAGAUUCCUACUUCCAACUCCACACUAACAUCUACGCCCACCAGCCGCCCAACUACAACACUAAAGGCCACAGGCUCGACCUUGCCAUUCACCACAACCAGCCUACCCCUGAGCCCCUUCACCACAGCCAAAACCUCUUCCUCCCUUAUUUCGUUUUCUUCCCCUUCACUGACGCAGAACUCUAGCUUCACUCCUCCUUUUUCAUUGUCUGUUACCCCACGUUCCCCCAACCCUAGUUCUGUCACCACUGUUUUUUCACCCACAAAUCCUCUGCUUUCAUCCCCACAUUCACCCAGUACCACUUCCCCAUCCUCUCUGUCUCCAUCGUCUGUGUCUGCUCACGGGUCCUCCUCACAGCCUUCCACCUGGACAUCAUCCAUUCAUGCUUCCACCUCCCCCUCUGCCAUGUCUGCUCCCGUGCAUUCCUUCACUCUGAGUUCAGGCUCACCCACACCCUCUUCUACUCUACCCCUGACUACAGCUGUGUCUACUUCUGCUUUCCCUUCUUCCACUCUGCCCCAUGGCACCCUUUCUUUCACCCCCUCUGCUCCAUCUUCCACAUCCCCUCUCCCUCUGUUUCCCACUGAGUCCCACCUCCCAGCCUCUAGUUCCUCAGUGUCUUCGUCCACACUCAGGACCACUGCCCACACCCCCACUCCUCUUGCAACCUCUUCUCAAGCCAGCACCCGGCAUUUCACCUCUCUUACCACUCACGUCCCCCACCCAGGCUCACCAAGUUCUCCAGCCACGUCCUUUACCACCAGGUACCCUAAUAACACCCCGCUGCCUACCUCCAUCUUCCCAAGCAGCUCCUUCAGUCCACAUGGAAGCACAGCUGCCUCUGCUGUCUCCUCGUCUUCUCUGGUCACUCCUCCAUACAGCACACCUGGGGCCUGCAGUGUACGGGAAUGGCAGGAGGAGAUCACAUUCAAGGGGUGCACAGCCAACGUGACCAUGACCCGUUGCGAGGGUGCCUGUGCUUCCUCUACCAGCUUCAGCGUUGACACCCAGCAAGUGGACACCCAUUGCAGCUGCUGCCACCCCCUCGGUUCCUACGAGCAGCAGCUGGAGCUGCCCUGCCCAGACUUCAGCGCGCCUGGCCGGCGGCUCAUGCUCACCCUGCAGAUGUUCAACAGCUGUGCAUGCAGACCCCAGAGCUGCAGGGCAUAGAGGUGAUGCUGCCUGCUCUCUUGGGCUACAGAUUAAAAACUACAAACACCAAUACCACCACCCCUCCAGGCUGGCAGCCCCUCUCCUGGCCACAAGGUGUGGUCUCGGAAGAGCCCUCGGACAUGGCUUGGCUGAGCAGAGGGGCUUCUGGACAGAGGCUCUGACCAGUCACCCUCCUGCUGACUCUGACCCAUCAAGGCAGGAUGCAGGGACCAUGGACUCUCCCAGGUGCACAGAGAGACCACACCUGCCCACCACCCAACAACUUCCCACCCUGCCUGCAGCCACCAGCACAGCGGGAUACAGGCUCCUGGAGAGCAGUCCCCAGGGCGGAUGCCAGUUCAGACCAGGAAGUUGGGGGGUAUCUGGGCAGGGAUGGGUGGGGCAGAAGGCUCAGGUAUACACCAAACAGAGGGGGCUCCUGAGAGCAGGCAGGGUGGCAGCUGCCAGUGCCCAGGCCUGACACAGGGUGUCCUCAGCAGGGCCCAGUGCCUGCCCACAAGAUUCCAAAUAAACUGGUUCUCCUCAAGGCACA